AUGCUUUCCAAGAUCGCUGCCACACUCUCUUUGGCUUCGGCCGUCGUCGCCACCGGCAUCUCCAUCACUCCUCAUGACGCCUACUCCUCGUCUAUCGGUGUGCUUGGCUGCCUCAUCGACGUCAACCGCGUCGCCUACUGGCCCAUGCAGCCCGACUGCAACAAUCUUUGCAUGCGUGUCACUGCCAAUGGCCGUACUGUGAACCUUCUCCAGAUCGAUACCUCCGGUGGUGCUUUCGACAUCAGCUACGAUGCCUGGAACUACCUUAGCACCGGUGUUGGUGCUAAGGAAGGCCCCACCAUGGGUGGUGGUAUUCCUGCCGAGUAUGAGGUCGCUCCUAUGUCUGAGUGCGCCUCGAUCAUCAAGACCCCUGAUGGCAAGCUACCCUUGAUGGCUGCCAACAGCAUCAACACCUACGUCGGCUGCCCCGCCGGCUCCUGGCUUCACGACAACUCCGCUCUGUACAACAUCCAGACCAGCGGCUGCAAGUACGGCUACAACGAGGUCUGCUCGCUCGACCUUGCUGUCAGCAACCAGCCUUCAUGCCCUCACCAGCUUGGUGCCAUGAACCCUCUCUCCGGCAUGGACGUCAUGAACAUCGCCUACGGCACCGGUGUUGAGACUCCUUCGCCAAUCUAA